AUAACAUUCUGUAAUGUUUGGACUAAAAAGUAUUUUAUUUUUUUGUGCGUUGCACCAUGCCGUAUCCGCAAAAACUGAUGACGUAAACAAAAUAAAAGUGACCGCACCAGGCCAAUGUAUUAACACUGAAAGGAUCAUAAGAGUUUUAACUAUCAUAGGACAGAAACAGUGCAUUCGAAAAUGUUUGCAGAAUGGUCAAUGCAAAUCUGUGAAUUAUAAAAGACAACAACUCCAUUGUGAACUGACGGCAGCGCUAUAUGGCGAUUCAGAAUCUUCCUUAGUUCUGGAUUCAGAAUGUGACUACAUUGAAAUGGAAAAUCAGACACUGGAACUAGCUGGGUCCUGUAAGUCAUCAUCCUGCGAAGGCCAGUGCACUGUUUUGAGCAGCGAAAAAGCUUUCUGCAUUCCAGGUCGUUGUGCUGCUGGCUGGGUUCGAUUUGAAAACAAAUGCUACCUGUUCAACCAUACAAGUCAGAAUUGGACGGAUGCAGACAGUGUCUGUCAAGGUUUUAACUCAAUACUAGCCGAGCCAAGAACAGAGGCAGAAUCCAAAUUUUUGAUCAAUCAAGCCUACAGCCUAGGGGGCGCCUUCUGGAUUGGUUUAACGGACAUUGCAGAAGAGGGUAUAUGGGUAUAUUCCUCUGAUCAGCGUAACAUUACCAUUAAAGACUUUGCCGAAAAUGAACCGAAUCACGGUAAGGCUGGAAACUGUCUUCAUUUGUGGCCGGACUUCCGUGGACAGUGGGCGGACAAUCCGUGUUCAGGACGAAGUAAAUUCAUCUGUGAAAAAAACGUCACGCACAUCGAGUAAGA